AGCGCGUCCUCGGUUGCCAACAUGGCGUGGACUGUUGUACACAGACAGCAGUAGAGAUUAAUUUAGCUAGAAAACGCUAACUUGUUUAUUGUCUUGCUUAAUAAAGCUUGGCUGUGGAUCCUUUUUCCUGGUGGGGUAAUACUACAAGAGUUUGCCAUUCCGAUGUGAUAUUGCAUGCGACGAAAUGAACGGGAAGGCAGUGACUGUAACCGUAGCGUUACGUUAGCUGGGUCACUGCCCGUCUUAUCUAGCAUUUCUGUCGGUUUUUGUCCGGGGUCAAAUCCUGAACUUGGUCGAAUGAAGACUGUGGGUGGUAUUGGUAAAGUUGUCAAGCCUGUCAGCAGUCUCCUAGAAUGCAAGCUCCGAAGGACAACUUCUUCUACUCAACCAGCAGGAUAGGAGUUGACGGGGUGUUUGAAGAUGCCCGGCAUGUUCUGGUGGAGGAACAGAAGUCAUGCAGGGCCCGAGCUCGCUGCUUCUCCCUGGAAACCAACCGACGAAGGAAGGUUCUGGAGGAGAGGAAGAAGCUUUGGGAUGUCCAGGAGCAGAGGCUGAGGGAGAACAUCCUACAGCAACGUAAACAGAAAGUCCAGGAAGCUACCGAACGCUUCCAGAGGGCACACCUGCCCCCCUCACAGAGACGCAGACAAUCUUUCGGAAAGAGCACCCUUAAUAUCGAAGAGGCACUUCAUCACAUACAAAGCACCUUGACCUUGAGUUCCUACCCCAGAAAAUCGUCCACCCCCAACAGGAGUCGCACUUCAUCCCCUAAGCCUCCCCCGACUCCCAGCCCGUCGCUCCACCAGGGGACCCUGUCUGCCCUCCAGGCCUACAGCAAACUGAUGCAGGACAGAACCUUCAGUAGCUUCAAGAACAGGCUACUAUUCCUCAGCCUGCUCCAGGACACACAGCUGAGGGACAGGGACGAACUGCAGGACACACAGCUGAGGGACAGGGACAAGGAGAGGGACGAUCUGCAGGACACACAGCUGAGGGACAGGGACAAGGAGAGGGACGAUCUGCAGGACACACAGCUGAGGGACAGGGACGAACUGCAGGACACACAGCUGAGGGACAGGGACAAGGAGAGGGACGAUCUGCAGGACACACAGCUGAGGGACAGGGACAAGGAGAGGGACGAUCUGCAGGACACACAGCUGAGGGACAGGGACAAGGAGAGGGACGAUCUGCAGGACACACAGCUGAGGGACAGGGACAAGGAGAGGGACGAUCUGCAGGACACACAGCUGAGGGACAGGGACGAACUGCAGGACACACAGCUGAGGGACAUGGUGUUCCUCAAUGAGCUGCAGGACACACAGCUGAGGGACAGGGACAAGGAGAGGGACGAUCUGCAGGACACACAGCUGAGGGACAUGGUGUUCCUCAAUGAGCUGCAGGACACACAGCUGAGGGACAGGGACAAGGAGAGGGACGAUCUGCAGGACACACAGCUGAGGGACAUGGUGUUCCUCAAUGAGCUGCAGGACACACAGCUGAGGGACAAGGAGACCUGUAGCAGUCCACAGCAUCGUAAUGUGACUCAGUCAGAGAGCCUGUCCAGUCUGGAUAGCUUGGAGACGGAGGACGUCUUGAACAAUACAAUACACAGGGUCCACAGCUCUUGGUUAGAUCACCAGAAACACCCCAAUGGUCCAUCCUCUGACUUGUCCUUUUGUCCACCAACAAAAAGAAGUGGUAACCUCCUACUCCAACAGGGCAAAGUUGAUGCUAGCCCUCAGCCCCCCAGACCAAAGCAGACAGAGGAGUCCGAAGAUUGUAACAGCAGACUGCACCAGCUCUCGCAGGCCACUGGGUGGCAGAGUUGUACAGACCAAUCAUCAUCACAGAGUAACACUAUAACCCAGUCCCCAUUCCUCAGUGUCAGUCACCACAGUCUGCUAACUCUGAGUGGGAUUAUAGAUACAUCCUCAAUACGUUCAGAUACCGGUGACCAACACUCUCAGCAAAGGGAAAGUCAUCUGAGGAGGGACCACAGAGUCUCAGGGGUCGUAGCGUGCUCUAAGGUUUCUACUCCAGACAGAACGCUGCUAGAGUUCACCUCUUGUCUGACCCCAGAGGGAAAGUUAGAAUUUAGGCAGCAGGUGAGACCCCAGGAGGACAAGUAUUCCAAACAACCGUCGGCGACACAGGUCCUUCUGCCUGGGAAAACUUGCAGCCACAAAGACCUUCUGUGUGAAGCCCCCUCCUCAAACCCUGAUUAUAUCCUCAGUUAUAGCACUAAAAGUAGCUCAGGGGCCCGAGAGGACACCGCCAUCAUUCAGCCAACAAAAAGCACACAACACCAGUCACACGGGAGCAAACCCAGUGUAGAAGAUGCUAUGAACAACCUCAACAAAGGGACCAACUCUGAACCCAAAGGAGGGUCCAACUCUGAACCCAAAGCAGGGUCCAACUCUGAACCCAAAGCAGGGUCCAACUCUGAGCCCAAAGCAGGGUCCAACUCUGAGCCCAAAGCCGGAAGGUCUAAGAACAAAGACCCUCUCAGUCAGACGUUGGGCCAUUGUAAUAUCAGGUCUGACUUCCCUAAAGGCCUGAAGAACCUGCAGGUGGAAAUAACACCAACACACCUCCCAGAUAGGCCUCCAUCUCCUCCACCUGCAGCUGCUGUCAGCACAGCCACAGAUCAUCAUAAAGGCACUGAAGUCCGAUGCAUAAAAGGAAUUCUUAAAAAACAAUCGAAAUACGGCGUGUCGGAAGGAAACACUUAUUCUAGUAUGUAUAACGCCAGGCAUUUAAUAUUCACCAAACCAUUCAACAUGUCCAUCAGAGAUAGUGUGGAACUGACCAGAAGGAAAGGCAAGGAUGCAGAGGGCAACAAGAUGGUCAAGAAGAAGGUACGCUGGUUUGACGAGGUAAAUCUGGAGGAAGAGGAGGAGAUGAAACAGAGUCCUAUAACAAACAACAAGUGUGUUUCUGAGUAUCCACUACCUCUACAUAAAUACGCAGCAUCAUCAGACCACCAACAGGGUCAGGGCCAGACGGUGGCCACCAACACCCCUCUGGCCUCCACCGGCUAUCAUUUUACCAAGCAGGCCUGGGCAGAUGUCAGGAUCCAGGAGAGCAGGUUGCAGGGGCACCAGGGGGUCCAGGAGAGAGGCCAGGAGGCCAGGGAGACAAGAGUGGAAGCCAGGGAGGUCAGGGUCCAGUGGGGGAGCAGCGGGAGAACCGGGUGCCCCAGAGUCCCCAGGAGAGUGAGAUCUGCCAGGGCAGGGAUGGAUCCUGUUUCGUCCCGCUCCAGAAAAGGCACGGUCAUCAGACCCCAAUCUGCUACGGAGGCCAGCAGCCACGUGGCCCGGGUGACCCACGGGAAGGUCAUGGUGCCUCGUCCCCCGCCUCGCACUGAAACCAUGGAGCCAAAAACACACACAAGACGGACGGAUGCUGUAGUAUCAUACACCACCAAGACUCCUUACAAUAUGAAUCACACUAAUGACACCACCAAGACUCCUUACAAUAUGGAUAACUUUAAUGACACCACCAAGACUCCUUACAACAUGGAUAACUUUAAUGACACCACCAAGACUCCUUACAACAUGGAUCCCUUUAAUGACACCACCAAGACUCCUUACAAUAUGGACCCCUUUAAUGACACCACCAAGACUCCUUACAACAUGGAUCAGUCUAACUCUGCUGCUACUAAAGCAGGGAUUCCUGUAGAUGAGGCGUUGUGUAACAAUAACACCCUGGACAGCUUCGCCCCGUCCCAGACCCGUACACAUGUCAUUAGGGCAGAGAGCGGCGUUAUUUCCAACCCAUCCAAGGCCACCCCCAUGUCAGGCCAGCAGGACGCCCAGGGAGAGGCCGCCAGAUGGGGGCUGCUGUACCAUGAGAAAGGCCUCUGUCUGGACCGUACUCCCACAGACGAGGAGAUCUCCCAGCUCUGGCAUGGAGUCCGUAGUGCCUUAGCCACCAAGGACGGUGACCCUAUAACUGUCCUGCCUCAAGCACACCUAUCUCGCGUUACUAUCAACGGGGACAGCCUGAUCAACGGAGUUAAAGCCACGAUGGGAGACUUCUUCCUCUCUCCAACCAAUGCCAGGAGCGUGGUGAGGAGGCCCCAGGAGAGUCGUGGUAGUGGGGCCAGGAGGAGAGGAACCACUGGCUCAGGGAACAGAAGGCUGCCUCUACCCUCCCAGUCUCAGGCCAUGGUGCUGAUAACACCAUUACACAGCAAACGUGACCUGACACAUCAACAUGAAGAGUAUGCAGAAGCGGAGGCCCACAGUGAAGACCUGCUGGCAGACAGUGAUAUAGUGGUUGCCAAGGAGACGGUGCCAUCCCAGAGGCUAGAGCCAGGUGGAGGUCACAACCUGCACCAGGGCCAAUCGAUCACUACCAGCCACAGCCAGGGGCACCAAGCCCAGGGGCACCAGGGGCACCAAGCCCAGGGGCACCAAGUCCAGGGGCACCAAGCCCAGGGGCACCAGGGGCACCAAGCCCAGGGGCACCAAGCCCAGGGGCACCAAGGACAGGGGCACCAAGGGCAGGGCCAGGUCUCCACCAUCACCACCAUCUCCCUGGAGGAGCAGAAAGUGCUGCUGUCCCUGAAUCGACUCAACCGUCGGCUGCAAUAUGUGCAGGCGUUUGCUGGAGGCCACCCUGCUGCUAAAGCUUUCUUACGUGGCGAAGCGCCCUUUACAGAGGAAGGGACGGGUGCUGCCCACCGCAAACACCGCACUGUCUCCGCCAACAACCGCCCUAGAACCCAGAGGAGAUUCUGACACGACGGUCCAACAACCGCCCUAGAACCCAGAGGAGAUUCUGACACGACGGUCCAACAACCGCCCUAGAACCCAGAGGAGAUUCUGACACGACGGUCCAACAACCGCCCUAGAACCCAGAGGAGAUUCUGACACGACGGUCCAACAACCGCCCUAGAACCCAGAGGAGAUUCUGACACGACGGUCCAACAACGUUCCAAUAUGGCCGCCUGAAUGUCACUUUGCCUUCUUGUGCUUUACACCAACCUUAUACACUGCUGUAUUAAUAAAAAUGACUUUAUAAUAACUCCUCCUCGAGUUUCAGCGCCACCACUAACUCUCUCUGCUGGGAUGAAGACUUCACAACCCCGGGGCUGUGAAUAAGUCUGUUAGCAAAUUACACUACUUAUAUAUUGACUUAUUUACACAUUAUAGCUUCGGUCUUAUAUGCAGUCAGGCUUUGCUAUUUGGUUUGGCCUUUAAUUGAUAGAGAUUAUUUUUGUAUGAAAUAAAUAUAUUUAUUUUCCCCGGACAAUUGUGCAGGGUGUGUGUGUAUAUAAUGUAUUGUACACAAUGUUACCAAUACGAUUGUAUACUGAUGUCUGUCAAUGUGUAAGUUAAUCUUGAUAAUGAUGAAGCUAAUAAAGUCACCCUGUCCUCAAGUUUGGUUUUGUUCUGUUUCUGAAAGGGGACGUAGACGCUGUUUGUUGUAGAUUGUCCUCUAGGGGUCACUCUUGUCAAAAAGGGAUGUUCAUAAGAUGUGAAAAGCGUUUCGUAUGACGCAACGUCAACGGGUUUUUUCAAUACCAUUCAAUUCAACUUGAUUAUAGGUGUGUGUUAACUGUUGUUGGAUGGCAGUUGAGUGAGA